AUGCCUCUGGAACAGGGAGCCCUGAAGGAGAUAUGGACUAUGGACAACCUGAAGCACAAUGACCACCUACUGAGCUCCUCACAGCAGGAUCUGAAUAAGUCUAAGAAGAAGAAACCAGCGGCUGAGUCAGCAAAGAGCAACAGUGGUGAUGCCAAAGCAAAGAAGCCGCGAGCCAGGAGGACGGAAGAGGCCUCAAAGGAGGAAGGGGAGGGGAACACACCUUCCAAAAAUGGAAAAAAGGUAAAGAAAAAGAUAUCGGAAAAGGAGAAAAAAGAACCAACAGAAAGGAACACAAAGAAGAAGAAAAGCACUCCGACAAAGAAAAAGACAGCUACCAGGUCUGACAGUGACAAGAGUGAUGAGAGUGAGGAAGAGAGGAAACCCAGUAAUGGUCAUAAGAAAAAGGCCUCAGCAGAGACCACCACAAUGUUUCAUAAGGGACAUGAAAAAGAUCAAACCGAAGACAAGAGUAAAGGCCAAGGAAAAGACAAGGUCAAGGACAGAAAAGGGAAAAAGAAGAAGGUGAAAGCUGACGACAGGUCUGAUGGCAGCACUGAAGCAACCAAAAAGAAGAAGAGCAAGGCCAAAAAAGACAAAAAGGAGGUACGGUCACCGUCACCCGAGAUCGUCUUUGAGGACCUGGAGGAGUUUGUGUUGCAGCCUGCCCAUGAGGGGGUCACUGUGAAGUGCAGGGUGACCAGGGACAAGAGGGGCGUGGAGCGCGGACUAUUCCCCACAUACUACCUGCACCUGGACAAUGACAAUAAGACCUUUCUACUGGCAGGUAGGAAAAGAAAGAAGAGCACCACCUCAAACUACCUUAUCUCAAUUAAUCCCACUGACCUGUCACGUGGCGGUGACAACUUUGUAGGAAAAUUAAGGUCCAAUCUUGUGGGCACCAAGUUUACAGUGUUUGACAAUGGCCUGAAUCCUGAGUGUGCACUUAGAGAUUUGUCCAAUGCAAGACAAGAGCUGGCUGCAAUCAUUUAUGACACUAAUGUACUGGGCAUCAGAGGGCCAAGGAAGAUGACGGUGAUCAUGCCAGGCAUGGAUGAUGACAACCAGCGAGUUCCAAUACGGGCACAUAGUGAUUGUGACGGAUUAUUGAUGCGUUACCAGAACAGACAAAUGAAUGAUCUGAUCGAACUGCACAACAAAGCUCCAGUCUGGAGUGAUACGAGUGUGGCCUAUGUACUCAACUUUAAUGGCCGAGUCACGCAGGCCUCUGUCAAAAACUUUCAGAUCGUUCACAGCAAAGACAACAGCUACAUAGUUAUGCAGUUUGGAAGGGUGGCAGAUGAUACCUUCACACUGGACUACAAGUAUCCCAUGUGUGCUGUGCAGGCCUUUGCUAUCGCCCUGUCAGGCUUUGACGGCAAAUUGGCCUGUGACUAG